UAUAAUUUGCCCCCCUUUCUCGAAUUUCCCCCCUCUUGAGCUGAUGGAAAAGAAGAAAUCGACGGCCAUAGAAUUUACGAUUUUGAGCUGUAAAGGUCUCCAGCUCGAUUCGAAUCCCAAAAGCUCUUCUUCUCCUUCAAUUCAUCAUUUCAGCGAUUUGCUGCUACGAAGAAACAAGCCCCGGAGUUUAGUCAGCUUGUGCCUUGGAGUCCUUGGGCAAUUCUUUGAGGAUAUUGUUGCAGAUUUGUCCGAUGUUGCUUCAGAAUUCCCACCUGAUGCUAAGUUGGCAAUGGUGGCUAUUGCAAGGAGGAGACAGUUACUGAAUGACCAUGUCCUCCUUUCUCUGGCAGAAAGUUCUUGGGCUCUUCUAGAUAUCUCUGGGUCUGAUGUCAGUGAUUCUGGAUUGUCAAAAGUGGCAGAAAUGUGUAUUAAUUUGCAAGCUGUUGAUAUAAGCCGGUGUGACAAGAUCACGGUUCAUGGUGUUUCAGCUCUCAUAAAUAAUUGCCGUUCCCUGGAGAUAUUGAGAUUAGGAGGAAGCCCCAGGAGCGAAUUUACUGCUCGUGGAUCUUUGAACAUCUUGAAGCCCGAAUUAAAUGAUGUGGAAGGAGACUCGUGGGAGGAUUUGGAUAGCGUGGAUAUUGGCAAGGGUGCACUGUCACUGCGCUGGCUAGUAUGGCCAAAGAUAGACGAAAACUCAAGUUCGACGUUAGCCACUGAAUGCCCCCGAAUAAUAGUCAACCCCAAAGCAUCACCCAUUGGCUUCCGAGGUCUCCAAGUUCCUACUGAGGCAUUGGCCUCUAUUCCCCUCGACCACUCAAUAGUGGAAGACAUCGAUCCUAAAACUUGGGCAGUCUCUGGUGCCGCUCGAAGAGCAACGGUUUCAUCUGUAUUUGCAUCAACUGUUGCUGCUCCUGAAAUUUCUAUGGCAGAGAAAUUUAGGCUUGCUUUCUUGGAGAGAGAUGCUCGGUUAGCUCCUAAAAGAGCGAAGAAUGCAAGGCAACAUAGAAGAAGAGCAGAGAAGGAAUGGUUGUUGAGUAGCUCGGAUGCUAAAGCAGUUCUUCUUGCCUCUCAAGCUAGCAAGUACUUGCGCAAUAAAUAAGAGACUGUUUAUUUAUUGCUUAUCGAUGUUUAAUUGUAGAGUAACCUUGUUUCCAUUCUCCUUGUCUUUGUUUUGUUCCAUGUUUGAUGUUUUUUGGUAUGAGGAUUUUCUCUUUUCCAGCUUGUUUCCAUCAUUCCCGAAAAAUAGGUUUUGUUGAAAGCUACGGUUAUGCAUAUUGUGUUUUGGUUGCAAAAGUUUAUUAAUGGAAUAUAUAAAAUGAAAUUGAAGCUUCCUAAAUCAAGCAUUUGCCUGUAUAUGAGUUGUUCGCUGUAAAUAUUGAUGAU